UGAUAGUGUUACGGAUACUUUUACACACAUAUUGCCUCUUAAGUUUCAGGCAGGACUCACAUGAACAACGCAAUCCGUUUGAGCACCUCGCGUGAUAUUUCGACGGCUUCCUGCAGGGAUCACCGUUCAGUUGCAAUGGAUUGGCCAAGCUCGCGAGUCGCCAAGGGAGGGCUCUUCCAUGCCCCCAAAACGAAGUACACCAAAGAAACCCAGGAUUUGAUUAAGGUUUUGAUGGAGGAAGCCAAAUUGACUAUCCUUCAGCGCAACAAAAUCAACUAUCAUCUGCGAACCGGAGAACCACUUCCUCCACCAAAGGAGCCUAAAUUUGAACAGGAAUACAGCAACUUUCUUCCGGUGGCUAUUGCCCGGAAGAACAUCAAAAAGCGUUCGCUCUCAACAAUAAUCGAAAGUGGUGCGUUCGACGUAGAGAAAUACGUACCGAAGGACGGCAAGGAACCGGUAGAGAAAUCCAAACUGAAACUGCAGGAGCGAAUGGCGGGAUGCAAGAUCUUUCCAGAUAGUGGUCGGAAACGGAUGUUACGCCGCACGAGCGAUACCGAGGUGGACUAUUCGGAAACGGAUCGGGAAGCGGAAUUGUUGGAAGAAAUCAACGAACGCGUGGAGUGGUUGGCUGAGAUGGAAGCCCUCGGGGAAGGAAAGAAACACCGCCAAGUAAUCCACGCACAAAUCGCUGAACGACUUAACGAGCUCAAACGGAUGGAACGGGAACAGUCGAAGGAAGAUUCGAUUGAUAAUAAGUAAACUAUCUUCUAAAAUUUAACAUAUAGAGCGAUGGACGUUCGGCAUUUGUUUCCGAAGAGUGAUAGCAGCACCGAAUUCCAAUAAACCUUUCAGUUGUUUUAAUGAA